AUGGCUACCGCCGACGAGGCCGAUCAGGUAACGGUCGUCGACUUCUGGGCGAACGGCUUCGGGAUGCGGGCGCGGAUCGCGCUGCGCGAGCUCGGCGUCGCCUUCCGCUACGUCGAGGAGGACCUCCGCGUCCGCGAGCGGAGCGAGCUGGUGCGGCGGAUGAACCCCGUCCACCGCUCCGUCCCCAUCCUCAUCCACGACGGGCGUCCGGUCUGCGGCUCCAUCAACAUCCUCGAGUACGUCGACGAGGUCUGGGGAAAUAAGGCGAGUCGGCCCAGCUUGCUCCCGCACGACCCGCUCCAGAGGGCCCACGCCCGCUUCUGGGCUGACUUUGUUGACCAGAAGGUGUUUAGCACCCAGACGAAGUUCCUAAAGAGCAAAGGCGAUGAAAAGGCGGCAGCAAAGGCAGAGCUCCUGGAGCAACUGAAGCGCCUCGAGGAGGUGCUCGGGGACAAGACCUUCUUCGCCGGCGACGAGUUUGGGUUCCUUGACGCCGUCCUCAUCCCGUUCUCGAGCAUGUUCUACGGGUACCAGCAGCAUGGAGGCUUUGAUCUUGACGUGGAGUGCCCGGGCUUGAUGCGCUGGGUGAGGAGAUGCAAGGAAAGGGAGAGCGUCAAGGAUGUCCUCCCCGACGAGGAUGAGAUGUAUGAGCUGCACAAGAAGUGGUAUGGUAUAGAGUGA